GGGUUUGGAUCGGAUUUUCCUCCCGCUGUGUGUUUCUUUUUUGAGCGGCGCGAAUUGUCGUGGGUGAAACAUCUCGUGAAGAAAAACUGAACAUCCGGUGGCGACCACAGACCGUUUCGUGGGAUGAUAUAUGUUGUGUGUUUACGCGGGAGGAAAUUCAAUUGACCGUGUGGUUCCUGUGCGCAACCGAACCGAACAAUGGGUGGCAAAAUACGAAAGGGGAAAUUUGUUUUCUGAAAACUUUGCGCCAUAGAAAACCCGUCGACAGCUGUUAGUGAAACUAAAGGAUAGAGAUGAUAAGGCCGACGAUGAUCAUAUGGCGGUGAGGUGGGUGUGAAACUUGAAACUCUGGACCGAUGGUACGGAUUGUUGAUGCAAGGCAUGGAUAGGACAUUACUUUUAUUAUUCUUUCCGUCUGUGUAAAAGUAAUGAAGUCGAGUGAACAUUGUUUAUCGAGUGGCGAGUGCUGGUCAACGCAACGAGUAGCGUGCGGUGGCGGAAUGUGUUAAACAAUAAAUUAGUCAAUGCAAAUAAUAGCUUUUUGAGACCGCCGAGCAUGAGAUACAAGCGCAGAGAUUGGAAAAAUGAGUAAACAUUGGCGAGGUGAGAACAGAUGUUAUAUAGUUUAAAAGUGUUCAUUCUUUGUCUUUGGCUGGACAGUAUUUCCGUGAACAUGCUGAAUUUGAUACUAUAGAAGUUGGGACAACGGAAGUUGAUUAAUGUACACCUAUGCACAGUCUCUGGUGCAGAGAAUGAUUAGCGUCAUCGCCCAAGCUCUUCCGCUAAGAUCGAUAUGUGCCAUUGAGGUGUAAAUCAUAAUCGGAACCAGCGCACAUGGAAUAAUUGUUUAAUUAUGGCAAACGCAAAUAGCUCCGCCGCCACCCCCACCACAACGGCUUCAAUUACGAUUAAUUACACCGCCUCGUUCACCAGCGUGUAUCGGGAGAUUUACGUCAAUCUGCAAAUCGUGAAUGGGGAUCUGCUCAAUUUCAGCGAGCGUUUCGUCGUGGAUAGCGCCAACGGAAGCGGCAGCAGCGGCAGUGUUGGCAAGGACUGUGCCAAGAUUUGUCUUACGUGGGAGAAAAUGCUACUAGUGGUGCUGUUCUGUGCCCUGAUCAUCAUCACGGUGAUUGGCAACACCCUGGUCAUCCUAUCAGUGGCCACCACCAGACGGCUGCGAACCGUCACAAAUUGCUUCGUGAUGAGUCUGGCCGUGGCCGAUUGGCUGGUGGGGAUAUUCGUCAUGCCACCCGCUGUAAUCCUGUUUGUCGUUGACAAAUGGCAGCUGGGCUGGAUACUCUGUGAUAUCUGGAUAUCGCUCGAUGUCCUUCUCUGUACGGCAUCCAUUCUGAGCUUGUGUGCAAUCAGUGUUGAUAGAUACCUCGCGGUCACGCAACCAUUGACGUACUCAAAGCGUCGACGCUCGAAACGGCUGGCGCUGCUAAUGAUUUUCGUCGUUUGGCUAGUGGCACUGGCCAUCACGUGUCCGCCCAUUUUGGGGUGGUAUGAUCAGGACCGAAAACGGAACGAGUGCCAAUAUAAUCAGAACAAGGGAUACGUCGUCUUUUCGGCAAUGGGUUCCUUCUUCAUCCCGAUGAGCGUAAUGCUUUACGUCUACUCGAAGAUUUGCUGUGUGCUUACGUCGCGCCAGCAUAGGAUGACCAAAACUGAGGCUACCGAGAAGAGCUGCGAUAUCGACCCGGAUAACUAUACGUCCGAAAUGGAUACUAGCCCGAAGCAAGGAGCGUACCUUGGCCGACCCAAUCCCUCCCCGUAUAGCCACUCUCACCAGACACUUUACGAAUUUUUGAGCUCAACCCGGACCACCCCAAAUGCAACACGCCAUCAGCUAACGGCUAGCAGGCCCAACGGAGCGGUGUCAGCCUCCGCUAGCAGUAACAACAACGGUGGCUCCAAUGGAGCUGCCAGGUACUCCAACAGCUACGAGAUGCGUCCCAUCAACGCGGUUCAGUUUAGUGCCAGCCAGCUUUCACUCGCCGAGUCGUGCAUAUCGAAUGUCACCAUCAGCAAUGCCAAGGUGCGGCUCCAUGGCAAGCGUAUCCCCAUCCGCAUUUCCUCCCUCAAGCGGGAGACGAAGACGGCCCAAACACUGAGCAUGGUGGUGGGAGGAUUUAUCGCCUGCUGGCUGCCAUUCUUCAUCUACUACCUGUUGAUGCCGUUCCUGCCCGAGCGGUCCCAAAGCAAGCACCUGAUGGCGUUCCUCACCUGGCUCGGGUGGAUCAACAGCGCCAUCAAUCCGUUCAUUUACGCGUUCUACAAUGUCGACUUUCGGAUCGCGUUCUGGCGGCUGACGUUCAGAAAGUUUUACAAGAACAAACACAAUUUGGCAUUCUUCAAAUCGUAGGCAGUGAGGGAUGUAUGACGUCGGUGAAGAUGUCUUCUGUGUUUAUUCAUAAAAGGAAAAAAUCGAAGCCAAUAUUUGAAUUUAGUAUUCAUAUCGAAAGUGCUGAAUUGUCAGUAGUCAGCCGAACGACUUUGUGUAUUUGAAUAAAAUUUACGCCCCAUCUGUCAAACAAACGAAUGUGCUUCACAAGAAAAUUGGCGCAGGACGAACGAAAUGUUCAGAGUAGAAUGUGUAGGCAUUUUAUUUGAGAAAUGUCACCACCCUUUCAUACCGCCCCCUCCUCACAACUAUAAAAUAUGUAAAUAAAUGCUGUUAAAAACUUUCCAGACAUAGCGUUUCUAAUGAACGAUUUUUUUUCAACUAGUAUGAUUGUACUUGAA